AUGAGUGACGAGAAAAGCCAAGAGCUUCAGGCCUCUGGGAUGGUGGAGUGGAGUGUGUUCUCAGAACUAGUGGCAAUGGAUGAGGACGAAGAAGGGUUCAGCAAGUCAUUGUUUCAAACAUUCGUGGACCAGGUAAUAGAUACAUUCCGAGAAAUUGAUGAGAACUUGAAGCAGAAAAACUUGGAAAAGCUUCUGGCGUUGGGACAUUACUUGAAGGGACUGGCAGCAGCAUUGGGAUUGACUCAAAUCCUGGCUCAAUGUGAAAGAAUUCAGAAUUACGGACAUAAAAACAACUUCGACAACUUUGAUGUGGCUCAAAGUCCAGCAUUCACCAAGUCUAACGGCGAUGAAUCUACUACUAAUGAUUUCUGGAUUGCCCUCAUCCAGGAUGCCCUAGAGAAGGCUAGAGAUGGCUUUGUAAAAUCAAAAAUCGCCUUGAGCAGAUACUUCGAUGAUGAAUUUUAA